GUUUGUAAGAGAAAACACAAAAUUGAGAAAUCACUACAAGGAAUUCAAAUGAUUCAGAUGAUUUAUACUCCCAGACACAGCCAGUUGAUUACUGUCGCUAAUUAACUUACCCCUCCCCUGAGCGGUCGUUUGGGAUAUGAAGUGGUGUCCAGUUUCGAAGGCCGGACCUGAGUAAACUGAACGAAACGAUGUUGAGUUGUUGCUUGUAGUAUGAGCUUUCUUAAUUUUUGUAUGUGAACUUAUGGAUAACCCGAAUUUCAGUGCAAGCUAUCACCGCACGAGAUACGACAGCCAAGAGAAACUAGUCACAAAAAUGAACGACGAAGAGGAGGAAGAGGAUUUUGACGAAGAAGACGACGAGGAAUUAGAUGAAGAUCUGAAAGAACAAGAAUAUGACUUCGUACAGGUCUCAGUUUCUCCCAAGCAUAUUCACUUCGUUACGGACGCGGCUCUUAGUUCUUGGAGCGAUCCUGAAACAGUCUUGGAAAAGAGCACUCGCUUGGGAAAAUUUAGAGAGUCCCUCAGAAGAAUUGUGGAGCAUUUCUUUGUCAGAGUAUUUAGCCUGCUGUUGGUGCUGGCAGAUAUUGUUAUCGUAAUUGUUGACUUGGCCACUGCAGGACGUAUAGAACAGAGCCUGGAAAUAAUUUCUAUUUCAAUAGUAACCUACUUCUUGAUUGAGGUGCUGUUUAGGAUCUUUGCAUUGGGAAAAUCUUUCUUUCACAGAUGGCUUGAAAUCCUAGACUUGGUGGUGGUGGUUAUAUCAUUUGUUCUCACUCUUGUUUUUUCUCUUUUGACCUUAGAGGAACACGGCUAUGCAAAACUUAUUAUCACAGCUCGUCUGGUACGAGUACUUCUGUUCAUAAGAAUCGUCACUGGAAAAGAUCAACUAGAAAGGGCAACAAGGAGAAUGAUAUCACAGAACAAGAGGAGAUAUCAAAAGGACGGCUUUGAUUUAGACUUGACUUAUGUUACAGAGAAGGUUAUAGCCAUGUCAUUUCCAUCGUCUGGAAAACACAAGUUGUAUCGUAAUCCAAUUUCAGAAGUUGUACGGUUCUUGGAUACAAAACAUCAAGACCAUUAUAAAGUUUACAAUUUAUGUAGUGAGAGAAGCUAUGAUCCAUCUAUGUUCCACAACAGAGUAGAGAGGGUACUGAUUGAUGACCAUAAUGUUCCUAGACUAAGUCAGUUGUUAUAUUUUACACACAAUGUGAGGGAAUGGCUUGACAGAGAUCCAAAGAAUGUUAUUGCGGUACAUUGUAAAGGAGGAAAAGGUAGUAAGAAAGAAAAGAAACUGGAUUUUCCUUUGCUUUCGUAUGAAUGGAGGGACUGUUUCAUAAAUCACCAUUCUCGAGGAAAUACCCAGGGCAGGUGGGAGGUAGAGGGUAAUGAAAACAAGGAAUCUUAAGUUUUGUCCAACCUGUUUAUUAUUAUCAAUAAAAUGUGUACUCUUUAGAUAUCUCUGACUUUGCUGUUAACUAAAAAAAACCCGUGAACACUUUGAUUUGAUUCUGAUGGAUGAAUUGGGUACUGAGGAGUGACCAAACACAGUAAAGUUCAGGACAUGGGAACAAACCUCAAAACCACUACUACUUACUGUUGCUGUUUGUGGUUUAACUUUCUCAUGCCUAAUUGGCUUUUUCCUUGCUACACAAUAUUUCUGGUGU